AUGGCGGCGCUCGCAAGGAUCGGUAGCCGGCACCUGAAAUCCGCCGGCGUAUUGAACUCCUCCGCCUCAUCUUUAUUCACUCAACGCCGUGGCGUUGCCUCCAAACUCUUUGUUGGCGGAUUAUCGUUUUACACUACCGAGCAAGGAUUGUCUGAGGCAUUUUCUCAAUAUGGCCAAGUUGUUGAAGCCCAAGUAGUUAUGGAUAGAGUCUCUGACAGAUCCAAAGGUUUCGGUUUUGUGACAUUUGCUUCUGAUGACGAAGCUAAGAAGGCUUUGAUGGAACUGAACGGACAGCAAUUAAACGGCCGUGUUAUAUUUGUGGACUACGCUAAGGAGAAGCAAAGCAUACGUGGUGGCGGUGGCUUACCGAUAGCUAGAGGACCGCCUUUGCCAGGGGAACUAGUUGCCACCAGAUAUGAAACAUCGAAAAUCGAGUAA